AUGCGUUUCACUGCAGCUUCAUUUGUGACUCUCGGGCUACUUGCCUCUGCUCUAGCUCUUCCGGCCCCGGCCAACUCUCUCGAAGUUCGUGAGCCAUCCAAAGACAAGUAUGCUGUCUAUGAUGUGCCUGAAAAACGAUCCAAGGAGAAGUACGCGGUGUAUGAUGUCCCUGACAGGCGAUCCAAGGAGAAGUAUGCUGUGUACGAUGUCCCCGACAAGCGCUCCAAAGAAAAAUAUGCAACCUAUGAUGUUCCUGAGGAAGAAGAGUAA